AUGUCUGAGCUUGAGGCUUUCAAGGAAGAACUAGCACUGGCAGGGCUAGAGCCAAUUGAAUCUUACCCUAUGCCAGGUCGCCAACCAGACAAACCAAAGAAGCCGAAAUUCACGUCCCAGAUCCGUAAUCUUGCAAGUAUCCAUCAAUGGCGACAAUCCGACAUCGCAAAUGUUAUUGGCUCCCUUCCGUCUUGGUUACCCUGGUCACUGAUUGGUAUCAGUCUCUCUGUCUGCUGCAGCAUCAUGGUCAAACAGCGACAAUGA